AUGUGGUCUGGGCGACACAUCACAGUGUCUGGUCAGGAACUGGGCCGCAAGGACAUUGAUCCUCCGAACCACCUCACAAAGUUGGCUGUGUCCCGCUGUACUCCGCCCACAGGCGGCCACUGUAACCCGCCCACUUGCGGCCGCUGUACCCCGCCCACAGGCGGCCGCUGUACCCCGCCCACAGGCGGCCGCUGUACCCCGCCCACAGGCGGCCGCUGUACCCCGCCCACAGGCGGCCGCUGUACCCCGCCCACAGGCGGCCGCUGUACCCCGCCCACAGGCGGCCGCUGUACCCCGCCCACAGGCGGCCGCUGUACCCCGCCCACAGGCGGCCGCUGUACCCCGCCCACAGGCGACCGCUGUACCCCGCCCACUGGCGACCGCUGUACCCCGCCCACAGGCGGCCGCUGUACCCCGCCCACAGGCGGCCGCUGUACCCCCGCCCACAGGCGGCCGCUGUACCCCCGCCCACAGACGCCCGCUGUACCCCCGCCCACAGACGCCCGCUGUACCCCGCGCACAGGCGGCCGCUGUACCCCCGCGCACAGGCGGCCGCUGUACCCCCGCCCACAGGCGGCCGCUGUACCCCCGCCCCACAGACGCCCGCUGUACCCCCGCCCACAGGCGCCCGCUGUACCCCCGCCCACAGGCGGCCGCUGUACCCCCGCCCACAGGCGGGCCGCUGUACCCCGCGCACAGGCGGCCGCUGUACCCCGCGCACAGGCGGCCGCUGUACCCCCGCGCACAGGCGGCCGCUGUACCCCCGCGCACAGGCGGCCGCUGUACCCCCGCGCACAGGCGGCCGCUGUACCCCCGCGCACAGGCGGCCGCUGUACCCCGCGCACAGGCGGCCGCUGUACCCCCGCGCACAGGCGGCCGCUGUACCCCCGCGCACAGGCGGCCGCUGUACCCCCGCGCACAGGCGGCCGCUGUACCCCCGCGCACAGGCGGCCGCUGUACCCCCGCCCACAGGCGGCCGCUGUACCCCCGCCCACAGGCGGCCGCUGUACCCCCGCCCACAGGCGGCCGCUGUACCCCCGCCCACAGGCGGCCGCUGUACCCCCGCCCACAGGCGGCCGCUGUACCCUCGCGCACAGGCGGCCGCUGUACCCCCGCCCACAGGCGACCGCUGUACCCCCGCCCACAGACGCCCGUUGCACUGGUGGCCAAUACCGCCUCGUGGCGCGGGCGGGCGGCCGUAGGCGGCCUGUGAUUCACCAAGUUGUUAUGUUAAGACGUUAA